AUGUCAUCCUCAGAACCUGUAAGUGAAGAAACGGAGCCAAUGCACGUCAAUGCUGCUCCCAGGAAGCCACAGAUUCUACUUGCUGCUAGUGGAAGUGUUGCUGGGAUAAAGUUUGGAAAUCUCUGCCAUUGUUUUUCAGAAUGGGCAGAGGUAAGAGCAGUUGCCACAACAGCGUCUUUACAUUUCAUAGAUAGGGCAUCUCUUCCUAAAGAUGUAGUUCUUUAUACGGAUGAUGAUGAAUGGUCUAGUUGGAAGAAAAUUGGUGAUAAUGUGCUUCACAUUGAGCUACGCCGAUGGGCUGAUAUUAUGGUCAUUGCUCCAUUGUCAGCCAACACACUUGGCAAGGUAAUACGCUUGAGAAAUUUCAGAAAAAUUGUUACCAAAAUGGUUACAAGACUAAAAAUUGAAGUUAACCAGCUCUUCUGUUAUUAUGCUAAUAUUCACAACUGA